UACGUCCUAUGGCGCUGUGCGCUGGUCUGUGAGAGGUUGUUCACAUAAACGCACAACCCCGGGCCCCGAAAUCGCACAGUGACAGUCAGACAUGCAAACACGGGGUAAAGAAGAAACCAGUGCCGCGCUUUAUGCCGACAAGGAGGACAAACACUCGACUCCUUGCCCUUGCAUCGCGUCCUCCAUUGCUCCCGCAUCGAGUCCAUGGUCCACGUCUCCCUCCGCUCACACGGCGCCCCGCUCACCCUCGGAUUCCUCAACGGCGAGUGGCAUCGUGUCGAUCCGGCCGAGGGCCACCCGCCGCGGCCUCGCUUUGUCAAGCAACCGCUGAGUUCUGAUGCUCCCUGGCCUGCCGGGGUCACGAGCAUUUCGCUCACCUUUCAUCGGGAGCAAGAGCAGUGGUGCGCCACCUCGGACGACGGCCAGCACGUCUUCCUUCGCGCGCAGAGCAGGGCCUUCCAUCCCAACACGGUCGACUCGAUUGCGUGGCGACUGUGCACCGCCACCGGCGAGAGCGGCAGCCCCGAGCAGCAGGUGCCGGGCUUCGGGUUCGCGGUCGAGGGUCCAAACACCGAGGCGGAGCCGUUCCAGGUCGAAGAGCUCGGCCUCGACUAUUUCCUCCGCAAGGGCAAGAAUCGCACCGUCGUCUGGUUCCAAGACCCCGACACCAAGGAGGUCUUCCACUCGGCGGCAAAGGGCAUCGAGGGCAGCACCCACUCGGCGCGGCUGCUGCCGGGCAAGCGGUGGUGCCCCAACUGCCGCAAGAGCAUCUCCGCAAACAACUUCCAGCACCAGCACCUCCGCUCCUGCGCCGGCGAGUUCAGCACGCCCUCGGGCGAGCAGGUCGCCGCAGCGUGGAAGGAGCUCCGCGAGCAAGUUGCCACGCCGACCGACUCGUGGCGCCGGUGCGUGGCGGGCGCGAAUGCGGCCAACGUCGACGUGGCUGGCGCGAACUUCGCCUCCAUCGGCGCGGGCGCGAACCUCGCCUCCAUCGGCGCGCCGGUCGCGGAUGACGCCUCCAAGAAGCGCCCGCUUGAUCCCGUCCUCGUGUCGGCCGCCCUUGCGUGGGUUCGUGCGACGAGGCAGCGGUCGCAGCCGGGCAAGGCCGAGCCGCUAUCGCCCAAGGAGGAGGAGGCGGCGGCGGCGCUGUGCGUGAACCGCGAGGCGCACUGCGCCGAGUACCGCCUCGCCGAGCUCGAGCGGCGCUGGUUUGGCGCGGUCGGCCGCGGCGGGAUUGAGGCGAGGGUGCACGCCCUCGAGAGCGCUGUCCUGCUCUGCCACACACCCGGCCGCCUCUCGGCGAGGAUCGACGCGAUUGCGGCGGAGCUCGACGGCAUCGCGACGCGCGUGCCGCCGCUCAAGGAGGCGCCGCCCAAGGCGAUGCCCCACGACGGCGCGCACCCGGCAAACACCUAUACCCACCACGCAUUCGUGCCCUCGGUGCCUGCGGUGCCGCUCGCCAACAUGACUGCGCCCGUCGCCAUCGCCGCAGCCGUCACGGCAGACUAAAGGAAACGGCUCCGCCGGGCAACACAGCGUUAUUGUCGGACCUGCCGAUGGUCGACCCUCUCCCGCGCGAGCCGGUGUACAGAGAGAGAUGGAUGCGGGAGCAGAGAGUGCUGAGUGGCAUGCGCAUGUCAUAUAGUUGGUCGAGUUCAAUACACAGCCGUGUGCACGUACCAUGCGUGUUUGCGGCCGCGACGACCGCGCGAAAGCCGAAACUCAAAGACAACUCAAGGGUCAAACACUCACAAGUCACAUGUGAAUUGUGAUACCAGUUACCACACAGUAAGGUUUAACGAUAAUGUACGAUAC